ACUUCAAAAAAUACUUGAAAUUCUUCAAUUCACUUCGAUUCAAUAAAUUCAUGUCGUUAAUUGAUAUGAAAUCAUUGAAAAAAUAUGUUUAUAGAAAAGCGUUUUGACCUUUGGAAUCGAAUGUAAAAAAUUAAGUGUUUUACCUUUACGCUACCCAUUCAUUUGUUUAAUAACUUUGUUCAUUAGCUAGUGGAAAGGAGAAAUAUCGUAGUUUUUGAUAAACUUUUUUAGUGAAUAUAAAAUUGUCGCUAUGGCUGUAGCCGCUGUACCCCAAAAUUUGGUGGACGAACUGAGAGAAACAUUUCUUAAGGAAGUUUCAGCCAAAGGACUAGACAGUGUGCACCCAAAAGAUUAUGAAAGAGUCAAAAACGAUGAUCACUGGUUACGCAGGUUCCUAGCUCAUAAUAAACAAAAUAUCCCACAAGCAAUUAAAAUGAUGUGGACCUCCCUAACUUGGAGAAAAGAAUUUAACGUAAAUGAUAUCAGCGAGAAAAAUAUAAAAAUGGAUUUAAUAAUAAAAGGGGUAUUUUUUUCUUAUGGUAAAGACAUCAAAGGGAAAACAUUGUUUAUUUUGAAAGGUAAACAACAUACCAAAGGAGCUGUAAAUGCCGAGGAUUUGAAAAGAUGUAUUAUUUAUUGGUUUGAAAGAACUGAAAGAAUGGUCGAAGGACAAGAAAUCAGUUUGUUCUUUGAUAUGGAAGGUUGUGGCUUAACAAAUAUGGAUAUGGACUUAAUUAAAUAUUUAAUAGGCUUAUUCAAAGAAUACUAUCCAUAUUUUCUGAAUUAUAUCAUUAUAUUUGAGAUGGCUUGGGUGUUAAGCGCUGCUUUCAAGGUGAUCAAAUCGUGGUUACCCGAAGAGGCCAUUGAAAAAAUUAAGUUUGUCGGUAAAAAAGAUAUAAGCACUGUGGUUCCCCCCAAUGAGGCGUUGAAAUCGUGGGGAGGGGAGAGUACAUACGUAUUUAGUUUUAUACCGGAAGAAACUGAGAAACCUGGCCCUGAUGCAAAUAAUUCUGCAGUCAAAAAAGUUCAUUUUGUGGACGGAUCGCCAAUGAGUGAACAACGUUCGCAUUCCCCAGAGCCCCAAGAAGAUGGACCACUUAAAGUUAACCCUCCCGGUAUCAUCACAUUCGUCAGGGAGAAAAACGACUUGGUCAGCACACUGGAGUUGCACAACACUGAUCCAGCACAACAAAUAGCUUAUAAGUUAAAAACUACGUCGCCGGAGAAGUUCAGAGUCAAGCCCAGUCACGGAAAGUUGCUGCCCGGAGCAAAAGAAAGCGUCACAGUAACCUUGUUGCAAGGAUUUCAGCUAGGCGGACUGUCAAAAGACAAAUUUUUGGUCAUGUGCUGUGUCCUGGACGAAAAGGAAGUCCCCAAUUUGGACUUGUCAGAGAUGUGGAAGAAUACGGGCAACAAAAAAAUCUACCAAAACCGUUUGCGAUGCGUACAGAGUGGGGAAAUCACCCGAAACGGCAACACUGUCAAUCACGUGACGCCAACAUCGGACGAGGACAAUCACUUAGCGAAAUUAUCGGCAACAUUGAACGAAAUAAACGAUAAUCAAAAAGUGUUGAACAAAUCGGUCAUCAGGAUGCAGAAAAUUCAAAUUGCCUUAUUUGUUUUUUCCGUACUUCUUGGUGUCAUUUUAUUCAGCAUUCUAAACAAAUCAAUACAAGGCAUCUCCACGGAAAACCAGUACUGUUCAAGUCAAAACAAACCGUAACAUUAGCUAACGUU